AUGGGCAAGACCAAGAAGCUCACUCCUUCAAAUGAGCCCUCGGUGGCGAGCAGCAUAAAGAAAACCAACGAAGCAUCCAUCAUGCUCGCCAACGGCUUCCUCGCCGUACCCGUAACCAUCCCACAUAGCAAGCUAAGCAAACCCGUCGGCGAGGUCAAACACUGGAUCUAUGUUCGCAAGCACACCUCAUCAUCCAGUGCUUCUGCUUUUGCGUCUACGUCCAAACUCAGAGACGAGCUACCAUCGGAACGAACGCUUUUCAUUGCGAAUCUGCCGACGGAUACAACAGAGUCUCAUUUGCGAGAGGUGUUUGCCAAAGCAGGUAACAUUUCGACUGUCAAGUUCAGAAGGCAGGUUGCGAAGGAGGAAGAGGAAGAUGAGAAGGAGGAGAUGGGUGAAGGUGAGGGUGAAUCCGACGACGAAGAUGAAGAGGAGGGCGAUGAGGCGAUGGAAGAGCAUCACCAACUAGCAGCAGCACAGGGUAAAAGUGGAAAGAAGAAGAAAAGUUCUCAGCAAGGCGCGAAGAAGAGUCGAGUACCACGCAUCGUUCCUCUCCCGAGUUUGGAUCCGAGGGAAGCAAUGGGAUCGCAAUUGUUCCUCUCCACCUCUUCAUCAGCACACGUGAUGUUCCUCGAUACCCCCUCUUUCACCCGCGCAAUCGACUUGCUCAAACAAGGUAUCAAAUGGAUUGAUCCGUUCCGAUCGCUUCGCAAAGAAGCCGAAAAACAAUCCCUCCUCGAUACCCAAGACCCCUCAAAGCAUGCAAAACGAGCAAACACAAACACAAGCGCAUCCUUCCUCCUCUCCGCCGGUGCCGGUAUCCCACCAACCGGUCUCUCCUAUCUUCUCGAUCAGUACCACCUCUCUCGUCCUUCCCUCCCCUCCAUCCAAUCCUGGGCCAACUCUCGCAUUGCACUAUAUCAAUAUCGCAAAGCUCACCCACUCCCACGCAAGAUCGGCGUUCGAGGCGUCACCAUCGGUCCCUCAGGCGAGCUUUUGGACGAAGACGGUUUCAUCAUCGUCCAACGUUCUGGAAAAUACGGCCGCGCGGGGGCUUCAGCGGUGGGUGGAGGUAGCGUUGGAGUUGCUAAGCAUGGGUUUAAGGAGAAUACGAAGAAGAAAUCGGUCGGUUUGGAAGAUUUCUAUAGGUUCCAGUUGAGAGAGAAGAAGAGAGAACAGUUGGCGGAUUUGAGGGCAAAGUUCGAAGCGGACAAAGAAAAAGUGGCCAAACUGAAGGCUGGGAGAAGGUUCAAGCCGUACUAA